AUGCAACACUCCCAGAGGCUGGACCAGAGACUCCACAUGCUCAGGAAGGAGGUCAGGAUCAUGGUUAGUGUUCUUCGCUUUUGAACGCAGCAGUAGGCGUAGAGGCACAACAUGAAGAGUGCGAUGCGUGUGUGUGAGUCUUGAAGAGUGACAGUAAUCUGACAGUUUUUAAUUGUAACAAAGUAGAUCUGGACAGAAAAAUAAGUUUUGUUUGCAAAAGGGGGGACAAAUGAAUAGAUAAGAAACCAAAACUUAAUCUAUUUAAGUUCUUGUUAUAUUAUGUGUGUGAUGUGUGUCUGUUGGGGUCUGUCUGUGAGUUUGUGUCCUGUCUUGCUCCCCACUCUCAUCACUUUAUCUCUUCCUACUUGCAUCUCCUUAUAUGAAUUGUCAUUUAUUUAGCAUUUAGCACCAAAUCAAGACAGCAAUUUCAUUGGCUUCAUUUCCUUUUUAAAUGUAUUUAUCUCCAUUGCCCUUCAUAUUUAAAAGAACUCUUAAUUCAAUACAACUCCCCAUACUCACUUGUUGGCAAGUUGGCAAAAGAUCAUGACAGUAUAAAGCCCCAUCAGAUUGGAAUAACCUACCUCUUUCUUUGCGUUCUAUUACUUCUUUUUAUCACUUCAGAAUGGCACUAUACUCUCAUCUCAGAACAAAUUGCUCAUGUUUCUGAUUUAUUUUCUUUACUUUUUUUGCAUUUAUGUUCACAUUAUUUUUUCUUGUUAAUAAGUUUUGUCUACUUUCUAUGUUAGGCGUAUGUUGGUUGGGGUUGUGUGUGGGAGUGGGGUGAGCAAAAUGUCUGUAUUUGUUAUAUGUUAUGUAUGUUAAUGUAUUGUAAUGUGUCCUGAGUUCUAUGUAUGUAUGUUUGUUUAGGGACCCCCUUGAAAAUGAGACGCUACAUCUCAAGGGGAUAUCCUUCAAUAAAUUCAAAUUCAAACUACAUUUUUUUACUCAAAUAAAAAUUGAUCUUUAUGUAGUGAAUCAAUUUAAAAUUGUCCUUUGCAUGCAUGAAGAAAUUAUUCUUCUUAAAAAAGACUAGCACUGUUUGUAAUUCUCUUAUGUCAUUGUAUAAUUUUGAAAAUACACCAUAUUAAUUCACUUUUUUUCCAACUUGACUGACAGUAUGACCUCAGCUUGGCAAAAAAAUGGCUGCCUCAUUCAUUCAAUGCCUCAAUUCAACAUCAAUUUUUUAAAGUUUCAAUAUAUGGGACUUUUUGGGGUGUUACUUUUCAAGCUUUUAAGUUGUUAUUCUUGACUUUCAAAAAAAAAAAAAAGUGAUUUGUUUGCUCCUGAGCAGGAGAUGAAUCAUAGUAAACAGUAGGAGAGCAACACACAAACUUAGACCUAAUCUAAAGGGCAUUAAGGAGACCUCUUAGGUACUGUAGUGGAAGUAGUUUUAAAGAAAGACUUUAUUAUCAGGUAUCACCAGGAAAACUAGUUUUCUUUGUGAAUUUUAUAUUUCCUCUCUGUUAAAAUCUUUCUUUCUCUUUUGUUCAGGCUCAGGACAAAGAGCAUGGGGACCAGAUUUGGAUGGAGCGACUGCAGCGCUGUCAGAGGCAGCUAAAGGCCAAAGACGAUGAGAUGAGUCGCCAGUCUCAGUACUUUGAGAAUUUUAAAACCCAACUCCAGCAGAAGCUCAGCCUGGCCCGCGACAAAGAGCAGAGCCUGCAGAACCGGAUCUACACUUUAGAAAAGCAGCUGUUGGACAUGACUGUAAGUGCUGCCACUGGUAUGACCAUGAUCAGUGCUGUCAGGAUCACUGCAGGGACUGUGACACGCUGGGAAGAACAGCAGAGGCUACCUCCCAUGAGAGGAGAGGGUGAAGGAGAGGAGGAGAGAAAGGAGGAGAAGAGGAAACAAUGGCAGCCAAGUGAGAGUAUGAUGGAGAAAAAUAAGCAAGAAAAUCAGAAUUCAAAUGAGGCCAGACUGCAAGGUUUCAUCCUGAGUCUGCAGGAGGAUCUCCAGGUGCUGCUGGAGCGAGAGGAGGAGGGGCUGACACAGAGGAGGGAGCUGAUGGAGCAGCUCCAGGAGGCUCAGGAGAGUAGCCACCUCUUGGGCUGCAAGGUGGAGGAGAUGAAACUAGAGGUGGACCUGCUGAAGCAGUCUGAACGCUCCUUGUUGGAGAAGGUACAGGAAGUAAGAGAGGAGAAUCACAGGCUCCAGCAGAUCAUUAAAGAUCCUGCUAGUCAAACAUCUGAGGUCCCUGAGUCCACAACUAUCGAUCCUGGAACCAGGUCUCCCUUUUCUACUACAACUGUUUGUCCUGUGCCCUCCAACGCUCACUCUUACACCACAGCCACAGGACAUACCUCAGAGUCUAGCCUUGGAGAGGUGUGUAAAACAUCCUUAUCAACCUAAGACCUUAUUAUCUCAUUCUCUUAAAUGUGUCAAGAAAUAUGGUGUACAUGAAGACAGCCUUUUUGUUGCCCUGGUUUUUGGCCACCCUGGUUUUUAUCAUAGAAUAAAAUCCAAUAUCAUCUACUUUUCUGAAACUCAGGACACAGAGAUAACAGCAUCAAGUUGUUCUAAGGUUAAAUGAAAACCCUGUCAGGACAGGAUAGCUCCAAAAUGUAGGUCACAAAUAUACAUGGUUCACAGAGAAAGUCAAAACUGUCCACACAAUAAUAGACACUUUUUUGUCUGAAGAUUAUCAAUUAAUUUUCUCAGUGUGACUGCUGCGGUAUCCCAGAAGUACUAUUAAUAAUAAGCAGUAUUUAUUUUGGUAAUUUUGUAUGCAUUGAAAUUCUCAGGAAUAGGUUCAAGAGAAAUAUGAGCUCUUAGAAACAAAUCCUUUAAUUUAAGACAAUUUUGGUUUGAUAGGAUUAGUAAAGCUAGUAAUUUUCCAUGAAUUGUUUUGAACAUUCCUUAGCUGGACCAAAUAUGUUCGGUUAAGUCUGAGCCCAAUAAUUAAGUGAUUCAGUGUUAUUAUUGGCUUAAUGCCGUCAUGGUAUUUCAUUGGAAGGUAUUAAUCAUAAAAAGGAUAAAAGCUCCUGAAGGGAAAAAAAAAAAUCUGUUGCCAGUAUUGCCAAUGUUACACAAUCUCCAUAUGGUCCAUGCUCUUACAAGUAAAAUUGAUCAUGAAGUAAGAGCUGAAUUUGGGAAUAUCUUUUAUGUCAUUUUUAUGUUUACAUGAAUAAUUCUCUGCUUUUUUUCCCCUUUAAAUGCUUCAACUUUGAUCUCUAUGUAGGUACAUUUAUUCUCAAACGGGGAGUCCUCUUCAUCUGCAGUCGCACCUCUUUACCACCAGGCCACGCCAGAGAGCUCACAGACCACCACAGAGGCCCCCUCUCUAUCCAAAAAAUCAAAAACUCCUCCUAAAGAGGACCCUCUGAACCUCCAUAGUCACGCUGGCUUUGAAACUGACCCUAGUUCCCAGUCCCUGUCCUUCACCAUAGAGACGCUUGAUGAGUUUAAAAUGGGGACAUGGUGCUCUGGAGGGAUCUUCAACCUGGAGGAAAGCCCCAGUGAGGAAUCUGAUGCCCUGAGGGACGCCUACAGGACUUUGGGGUUCGGAGAGAAUCUUGAAGCACUUAGAGAACAACUUGAUCGCCUGAAGGUGGCCCAGCAGCAUUCACAGGAGCAGCUGGAGGUUAUGACUCAAGAGAAUUCCCGACUGAAAUUGCAACUCUAUAAAGAUGGAGAUCUACAUGAAGCAAAAGAGUCCACAAAAGAAAAGGUACUUUAUUGAAUUUUUAUACAAGUAAAAUAUGGACUCAAAAAGAAACUUCUCCUGUGAAACUUUCUCUUCUUCUCUCUCAGAUGAAUCAGCUGUUCAUUGGUGACAGGGUUGAAAAUGACACCAUUCCUGUCCUUGCUCGAGAUGACCUUCUCCAGGCCUUGAAUCAGGAGAAUCGAGCCUUAGGAGAACGCAUCCAGGAGCUUUUGACUCACAUCGAGCAUAGAGAAGAGGAGUUCAAAAAGGAGGAAUCACAGUUAAGGGACCUUAUCUCCAAGCUAGAGGUGGACGGUGUCAGGCUGGAGCAGGAAAAUCAGGAACAAGGGAGUUUGAUUACAGAACUCACCAAGAAGACUGAGGAUGAUCUAAACACCAUCAUGGAGCUGCAGCAGAGGUUAGAGGAGAGUAAGCAGCAUACAGAGGAAUCUCAGGCUGAUCAGGCUGUGUCUGGACCCCAACAGGAGCAUGAAAAUACAGCUGCAGUGUCAGGAUGUGUUCAACUUCAAAAUGUGGUUGAAAGUACGCUUAAAGGAGGAGAAUCAUAUUUGAUGUCUUGUCAACAACCAGAUGAUGUGACGACUACUUUAGUGCCUAAAUCUCAUCAACACAAUCACUAUGAUCUGUUGCAGAACAGCCAACAAAACAGGUCAAUUAAGAGCCUCAAAACAGAAAAAGAAGAAUUACUUAGUGACAUAAACUCUCUCAGAGAGCAACAGAAGGAAGUAGCUUUGUCAGUCAAAACACAGACAGAAGUCAAACAGCAGUUAACUCGGACAGUUUGGGGACUAAAAGAGGAGAAGGACUGCAUCUCUAAAUCUUUGACUGGUGUCAGACAAGAAAAGGAGCAGCUCACCAGAACUGUCUGCGGGCUGAGAGAUGAGAGAGACCAGUUAAAAAGGUCCAUGAGUGGUCUGAAAGAGGAGAAAGAGCAGCUAACAGAGCGUUUAUCUGGUCUCAGAGCAGAAAAAGAGACUCUGACUGAAUCUGUCUCCAGUGGAAAAGGAGAAAGAGAUCAAAUCUCGCUGUCACUACAAAGUCUACAGACAGAGAGGGAGCAGUUAUAUCAGACAGUGCUUGAUUUAAGACAAGACAGAGAUGUACUAACAGCUUCUAGUGAGUAUCUAAAGGAGCAGAAAGAAUGGGAACAAUCAUCUUACAUUUUACAAGAAGACCAGGACAGGUUAAGAAAAUCAAUCAGCAGCUUAAAAGAAGAAAAAAAGUUAACUGAACAAUCAGUCAGUCGUUUGAAGGAGGAUGAAAAGCAGAUGAACCUUUUAGUUCAGGGCCUGAGAGAGGAAAGAAUUACCCUCCAAACAGAGAAGCAGCUUCUAAAGCAUCCGGACAGUCCUGGUACAACACAGAGGCAGCACACUGAGACUCUUGGUUGGACAGCAGCUACACUAAGGUGCCAGACUGAUGCCAACACAGAAAACCUUAAACAGGUACCAAGAGCUGUGUCACUGAAGCAUUAUUGUAAACUGUUGGUGUGUUUGGUGGAAUUGAAAUGUCUUGGAAGCAUUGUGUAAAACUGCCUUGGAUUUCUUUGUGCUUAUGCAACAGGAUGUCAUUGGGAAACAGGAACAGAGUGAUCUGAUGCAGGAGAUUGAAGCUUUGAGAGCAGAACUCAGGAAGUCAAGAGAUGAAGUGGACAAGAGCAAUGUAGAUGUGAGUUAACUUUUCCUUUUAAUCAAUGUUUAAUGAAAAUGAAGAUAAGCUUUAGGGAGACUUUUCUUUGUUUUAUAGUUUUUUUUUUCCAUUUCAGACUUUGUUUUUGUUUGUUGUUUGUUUCAGUCUUUGUAGACAGCAAACACCAAACAAGUCACAUUUAGAAAGUUGGGCAGGUUACAUAGAAUAAUUUCACACACUUCUUGUCUUGAGGUUUAAAUUUGUGUCAUGUUCAGGCCCGCAGGCUGCACAGUGAGCUGCAUCAGUCAGAAAACAGGAGGGAGGAGGCAGAGACGAAGGCAGCCCAAGCAGCUGCAAAGCUGAUGAGGGCGAUGGAUGCAGCCAAUCAGGUGGAGGAAAUCAGAGAGAAAAAUAACAGCCUCACAACCCAGGUAUUCAACAAGAUAAUCGAGACCAAAGUGCUAUUUUACUCCAAAAUCUUGUCUUCUCAUUUUUCUGUUGGCUUAUUUACUUCUUCUGUGGUUCAGAAAAACUCUGCAUUCACACACUAUACACAGAAAGUAUAAUAGUUAAAAUAUCUUCUGUUUAUUUUGGUAUUCCUCUUCGCUGUCACUCCUGCUGGGUUGUGUGCGAGUGAUUUGUGUUCGACCUCAUCAUUGUUUGUGUGCGCUGCAGGUAAAUGAGCUUCAGAGCAAACUGAGGGGCGUAAUCAGGGAGAAGACUGAUGCUCUGUCACUGAAGGCAGAAAUAGAAGAGCAAUAUAACAUCCUCAUGGCUCAGCUCAAAGCGAAGGUAAGAAUGACUGAAUGUCUUCCUCAUUGAACACAUGGAGAUAAGAUAAUGUUUAGUAAGAAUGAAAACUGAAUUAAAGACUUUGUGUUUGUGUCUGUGGGUUUCAAACCUUUCAGACUGUGGCUCUAGAAGAGCUAAACUUGGAGUACAUCGCUCUAAAGCAAGUGCAGGACAGCAAAGAUGAUGUGGGCACCGUUCUUGUCACUCUCAGGACACGUUACAACAACAUCAGAUCAAAGGUGGGUAAUCAGUCAGCUGUGAUCAUAAAAAAGAAGUUUUCUGUUUGUUUUAAGUUGAUAAAAUUGAAUCUGAAACUUAGUGAGUAGUUUUUUGUUUGAUUGUGUUUGCAGUAUGAUGACCUUCUAAGAAAGAGGAGCCAGCUGGAUCUGGAAAUAGCACCUCUAAAGGUGAGGAAUGACUCUGUCUUCAUCAUUUUUAUCAGAGUUGAUCCAGAGAUAGUACUUUAAGCUUGCUGUUGUCAUGUGUCACUACAAGUUGAGUCUUACUGUCAGCUGUUUUGUCCACUAACAGGCCAAGCUGUCCUGCCUGGUGUUAAAAUGUCAACAGAGAAACAGCUUGCUGGUUCAGAUGAUGAAGACCAUGAGCAGACAAGGCCAUGUGGACCCCACCCUCAUUCAGCAGGUUGAGGAGGUUCUCAGCGACACUGUUAUACAGGAUUACUCUGCUGCCUUCACUCCAGGGUGCAUGACAAAUGAGUACAGCACAGGGUUUACACCAGAAUUCAUUUCAAAUCUUCAAGACUGCGCCAGUGGAUUCACGCCUGACCAGAGCUGCUUUCCUUUAUCCCCACAUAUAAAUCAGCAAAAUGUGUUUACGCCUCAAUCUGGGGGGAUGUAUGGAGGAUUAAAAAGUUUUGAAAAAUCUGCCAAAUCCUCCAAAAAUCCUCAAGACCUCCGAAGUCAAGUCUCAUCUGCACCUACUGGAACACUGAAAAGAGACUGCAGCUCACCUGUGCAAGAGCACACCAGAGUCCCAGAGACAUCCUCACCUGUUGUUCCAGCACUGAAAGUCAGCUUGGAUACUGAUACAGCUCAGGUAAGAUGGUAAAAACAAAGUCACUUUAUCUAAUAUUGCUGGCUUUAGGUUGUUUGAUGUUAUGUCUGUGUCUGUAUGUAAUUGUUUUAUGUCUGUAACUUUGUAAAUGUGCUGCUGACUAUAUUGGUCAGGACACUCUUGCAAAUUAGAUUUUUAACCUCAGUGAGGAUUUUAUGGUUAAAUAAAGUUUCAUUUUCAUAUAUUCUGAGAUUUUGUGAAAUACCAACGCAAGAGCCUUUUAUCUUGCAUUUUUACUAGAUAGUUACUUCCUACUAUACUUUUUCAUGAGAGAUACUCUUUCAAUAAGAAAUAAAAACCCAUUUUGCAUUUGUAUUUUUUCUGGAAAUGGGUUUCAAAAACCUACUCAGAGAAGACACAGGUUCAGUAAGUAUAAGGUCUGUCAUAGAUAACCACCCAGGUGAUCAUAUGUACAUUAAAAUCAGUUUCUCUUAGAUACGGGGGAACAUUUAAUGCUAAGGUCCACCCACACAGAAUAUACUACUUAUCAUGUUGGCUUUUUAUGAAUCAUGUUAAUGCUUUUUUUCUGCAUGACUAUAGUCUACCAUGACUAGACUAUUAAAUAGGAGUUUCACCCUUUAACAUCUUGAUUGUUUUCUCCUAACAGGAAGGGAUUGUAGGUGAAUUACAAUGUUGAUAUAUUUGGCCCAGUAUUAUGCCACUACUUUUCUCAUUCACAGCUCCCUCCAUCCGCCGGUGGACUGGUCCUUGAAAACAGAGUGCCAGAGAAAGUAGGAUAUCAUCAACUGGAUAUAAGAGGAAAGUCCCCUAUAGACUCUGCUAGACUGCCUGGAUCCUCACUGAGUCCUACUCCUCUUUCCUCCAGCACACGUGUCGGUGCAAGCAGGAGGCUGAGCAGUCCUGAAAAGAUCCUUAACCUACAUGAGCAGCUGCAGAAGACUCUGCAGAGCAGCUAUCAGGUUCGCUUAUACUCUUUGAACAUUCGUACUUAAACAUAAAGAUGCUUACUCAUAACAACGUAAAUAUUUGUCUAAUUAAUGCUCUUCUCUUGUUUUUAGACUUCAGUGCACAGAGGGAGAGGGCAGCAGCCCAGGAAAUGUCUCUCAUUUUCAGCUCCAGCUGCAGACCUGAACCCAGCCUCUCCGACUGUAAAACAGAGCCUUUGUUCCAAUAAACCACAAAACAACUCCGUCCCAGUCACCUCCGCUUUGAGCCGAGCUAAGUCUGCUACAGCUGUGACCACCAUACCUGUCGCCAAGACAACACUUUAUGAUGCUAUCACCUCGAGAUCUGCCAACGUGACAUCUAGUCCCAACAUUUUUACGAACCAUCAUUUUAAACCAGACAUUUCUAAAAGUAUAACACCCUCUUCAAGCCCUCAUUUGGCUACCAUGGAAGCUAAUGAAGCCAAAUCUUCUUCAAGAAGUUGGACUAACACAACAGAGUGUCCAAAACUGACAAAGAAAAAUGCUGCCACUCCUGAUGUAUCUGAUGCCAGACAUGCAGCUUCUACUCCUUCAACUUCGAGGACCACUGGCUUUGACUGUAACAUCUCAAUCUGUUCUGACACAGAUCCCAAAACCACUGCCUCAGACACAACUGCCCUUAGCUUAUCAGCUGCCCAAGAGACCAAUUAUUUCAACACAGCCCCUAAAACUGAUGGUGCUGUCCCUGCAAAUGACAGGCCUGCUUUUACCGCCCCCUACACUCACCCUUCUCCUGAGAGAUCCAUCAAGUCUGCUGCUCUGGAAAAGACCAAGAAAGCCAGACCCAAACCAGGUAACACAUGUACGCAAUAAUUAAGAUUAUUUACGCAAAGGCAAGAACAAAGCUGCUUUAAUUCCUGGUGGAAGAGAUUGUUGUUCUAUGAAGCGUUUUAGUGCUUUUAUUGAUGUGACAAUAAAACUCUAUUUUCUGGAACUUUGUAGGAGCUCCUCACAGCUGUGGUGCACAAUAUUGCAGUUAAUAAUUGUACAAAAUUACUUUUUGGCUAUAUGCAGCUGCAGUGUGAUUAUGUGUGGUCUCUUUCUAGUCAGUCCUCCUUUUCUGUCCCUUAUGUGGUAAAUAACGUUAGAAAUUCAGACUCAAAUCUUGGCAGCUUGUUGUUGCCCAAACUAGUGCACAUGCAGCUUUAUACACUGCAAUAAACCAUUAAUUUCUUGAAUUUGGUUACAAGAACUGUUUACAGCAAGCCCUCUAAACUGUAAAAAGGUACAUUAUGAAAGUGACCUGCUGUUAACUAGUAGGUUACUGGUAUUUGAUUUUUUGCUGCCUGUACUUCAAUUUUCUUUGUCCUCUCACAUCCAGAAGCUCCAUCUGAGGUUCAAUCUGUCGAGGUCAUCAAAACAGUGGGCCAGAGCAGCCUCAUGAUUGGCUGGGAGAGGCCGACGCUUGAUGAGCUGGGCUGCAGCAAUGCCACAUUUGUGUACGGGUAUCGGGUAGGUGGACAAAACAGCAGCAGGCAGGCUGACACUUGUGCUUUUAUGUUCAAUAUUUAUGUGUCAUGUAUGAAUUGUCUCUUGUUAGGUGUUUGUCGAUGGAGACUUUCACAAAUCUGUCAUGAGCUCAGCGUGCACCAAGGUAUCAGAUUUCAGAUGUGAAUUAAUCUGUCCUCUUCAAGCCAUACUCUCAUGACUUUUCACAUAUUACAUUCAUAUUUUUUCGUUUUUCUUCAGUGUAUUCUUGAAAAUGUCAACCUGAGUCUUCCGGUCCACAUCAGCGUCCAGACACUGGGCUCCAAUGGUCUGACUUCAAACAGUGUCCACACCUUGUACAGGGCUUCAAAUGGGACAGACCACCACAGUCCUAACUAG